AGCAGCUCCUCGCCCACCUGGCAUUACUUACUCACUCGGACCACAUUGACGGCCGCUGUGAGAGGUUACAUAUAACCUGAAGUCAGUUUCAAGACUUUUUUCUUUCAGAGGUCACUCUACCAAGAAUCAGCAAUGCGUGAAUGCAUCUCUGUCCAUGUAGGCCAGGCUGGUGUCCAGAUGGGGAACACCUGCUGGGAGCUCUACUGUCUAGAACAUGGAAUCCAGCCAGACGGCCAGAUGCCCAGCCAGAAGCCAAUAGGUGGCCACGAUGAUUCCUUCACCACCUUCUUCAGUGAAACUGGGGCUGGGAAGUACGUCCCCAGAGCAAUCUUUGUUGAUCUGGAGCCCACCGUCAUAGAUGAAGUGCGAACAGGAACAUACCGUCAACUCUUUCACCCUGAACAGCUGAUCUCAGGAAAAGAGGAUGCCGCUAACAACUAUGCCCGUGGACACUACACCAUCGGCAGAGAGAUCAUUGACUCUGUGCUUGACAGGAUCCGCAAACUGGCUGAUCAGUGCACUGGUCUUCAAGGAUUCUUGGUCUUCCACUCCUUUGGUGGAGGGACUGGUUCUGGUUUCACCUCCCUCCUGAUGGAGAGACUUUCUGUUGACUUUGGCAAAAAAUCAAAGCUUGAGUUUGCCAUCUACCCAGCCCCUCAGGUUUCCACAGCAGUGGUGGAGCCUUACAACUCCAUCCUGACCACCCACACCACCUUGGAGCACUCUGACUGUGCCUUCAUGGUGGACAAUGAGGCCAUCUAUGACAUCUGCCGCAGAAACCUUGAUAUUGAACGUCCGUCCUACACCAAUCUCAACCGUCUUAUUAGUCAGAUAGUCUCGUCCAUCACAGCCUCACUUCGCUUUGAUGGAGCCCUGAAUGUUGACCUGACAGAGUUCCAGACCAACCUGGUGCCCUACCCUCGUAUCCACUUCCCUCUGGCCACCUAUGCCCCAGUCAUCUCUGCUGAGAAAGCCUACCACGAGCAGCUGUCUGUGGCUGAGAUCACCAAUGCCUGCUUUGAACCCUCAAACCAGAUGGUGAAGUGUGAUCCUCGUCAUGGUAAAUACAUGGCCUGCUGUUUGCUGUAUCGUGGUGAUGUGGUGCCCAAAGAUGUUAAUGUGGCCAUUGCAGCAAUCAAAACCAAACGCACCAUCCAGUUUGUGGACUGGUGCCCCACAGGCUUCAAGGUGGGCAUCAACUACCAACCUCCAACUGUGGUUCCUGGUGGAGACCUGGCCAAGGUGCAGAGGGCUGUGUGUAUGCUGAGCAACACCACAGCCAUCGCUGAGGCGUGGGCCCGACUUGACCACAAGUUUGACCUCAUGUAUGCCAAGAGAGCCUUUGUUCACUGGUAUGUUGGGGAGGGCAUGGAGGAAGGAGAGUUCUCAGAGGCCAGAGAAGAUAUGGCUGCUCUGGAGAAGGAUUAUGAAGAGGGGGGGAUUGAUUCAUUUGAAGAAGAUGAGGAAGGAGAAGAAUAUUAAACAGGGUCAGCUAUGAUUUGUUUUCAGGGACAAAAUUAAUUUUUGUUAUUAGUAAUUUAUUGACAAGAGCAGAAAAAAAUCUAACAAUUUGAAUUUGAAUCCAGAAAUUAAAUGUUUUAAUUUAGCCUUUUAAAACUGAAAAACUACCUGUGGCUUGUGUUCUGAAUUUAUCUCUGUUGUCAUCAAAAU